AUGGGUUAUUUCUUGUAGAAAAGAGGCCUUGAGUAAUACUUUGUAGGCUUUAUGUAAGGAAUGAUGGAUAAUACUCAAUCAACUUCAACAUGCCUGACAUCAGGGCUACAGCUAGACACCAUUUUAGGCACUGUAGAAAAUACUUUAGUUGAUGUAUAUCAAAAUAAGAACAUUAAUAUCGCAACAAUUAUCAAUAGUCUGAAUACUUCAAUAAACAAUUGGAAUAGCAUACAAUCUGAUUGCCAGAUAAAUACUCUAUAAGAAAACAUUAGUUAAAGUAUUUCAACAUCUUCUGUUGAAGAUUAUAUCAAGAGAAUUUGCUAUAAAUUUGGAGUAUUCUUUAAAUACACAAUGAUCCUUCAUACAGGAGUAAUGACUGGUAAUAAGCAAUUUGUUGGAGAGGCUAUAGGAGUUUAUUUCAAAUUAUUAUUCAACGUAGUAAGGUCACCAUGA